GCGAGAAGUCCGUACUGUGCUAAAAAUUAAAAAUAAAAUGGAAAACGGCCGAGUUAAUUCCACAAAUUAUCGCUAAACGACAGUUUAGAGUUCCAUCGCGGCGUGAAUUGUGAAAAACCCCGUGAAAACUGAACUAAUCAAAGAAAAAUCGCAAAAAUAAAAGAACUGUGUGCUUCAGUGUGUGUAUAUGUGUACUUAACAACUUUUGUUGCUUUUUUACACCAAGUACCAAGUACACAACGUAAAUUUUUCCUUUUGACCACAAGAAAAGCCAUUUGCUGAAACAAGAAACAUCGAGUGCUAAUCAUCCAGCAGCCCCGAACGCUUUAUUUGGGUCGCGAGCUAUUUAUUGGAAAAGAGAGAAUCACCAGAGAAUUACUUUCUUCGUCACUAAUCAAUUUCAAUGGAAUCUAGAUAUUGUAAAUAAUCAUCACACGUCAUGAACCCCGUAGUAGAAACUUUGGUCAUUGAGACCGUCGUUGAGACAGCGCCAAUAAUCGCCGAUUGUGAUGACUUCCAAUGCGUUGCAGAGGAAGAUGAUCCCCUAAGUGAUCCGUUGUCCACGAACGACACGCCCGAAAAAGAUGAAUUUCCGUCAAUUAACGACGAAGAAGACGACGAAAGUCAAACAACUGACAAAGAAAAGGACCAAACUAUUCGACUAGUUAAUGUAAAAGAGCUUACAGAUAGUAAAAUUGAAAUUUCGUGCGAAACAAAGGCACUUCCCGUAAAACGACCAGAACCACAACCAUCGUGCUCGAAAGCGAGCGAACCAAAUUUCGAGUUUGACGACUUGGAAGACUUGAUUGAAUCGAGUCGCAUCGAAACGAGUUUCAAUAAGAAGAAAUUCCAAGAAGAACCGCGACCUUCGACGUCUAGUGCAUUGACGAGCGGCGACGAAACAUGGAAAUUACAGGAAAUUAUCGACGAGACAUCGAUUGCGUCAUCGGUCGAUAGUGACAUAACUUCAAAUGACGCUCCUCUAGAGGCGGAAAAUGCUGAACUCGUCGAUGAUGAGGAGAAAAAGUCUCGUUUUGAUGACGAGACAUCCGUUUCUUCAUUUUUAUUGGAAGACUUUGAGGACCAAAUAACACAAAAUGUCGUGAAUAAGAGUAACGUUAGUCAAAGUAGCUCGCAAAUUGAACAAAUUGAAUCAUCGUUAGAUGAAGAACCAGAAUUGACACAAACGAAAGACGCAAAAGAACAAGUCGAAGUAACUGUGAUAAGUGAAGACAUGAAAGAAAAGCCAGAAAUUGAGACAAAAGAAGAAGAACAAGAAGAGAAACAGACACAGCCAGUAGAAAUAUUACCAGAAGUGGAUAAGAUUUCAAGUGAAGUUGCUGUGACGGAUGAAUCCAAACCAGAAAACGAAGCAAAAGUUGUGAUGACAGAAAAACCAGAAAUCGUAAUUCCCGAACCGUGUAUGACAGAACAAAAAGAAACAAGUGAAUCUUUCCAAGUUAUCGAAGUUACAAGCGAAAUUGUGCCAGAUCAAGUGAAUCUCUCGUGUCCUAGUAGUAGUAGCAAUGUUAUCAAUACACGAGAAGUAGAAGACUCGCUUGCCGUAAUUGUUGAAGCUGUGGACUUGAUACAAUCAACGUCGACAGAUGUCAAUAAGCCCGUUCCGUCAUCGUCAACUGGCGAAACGACUCGCGACGAAGAAGAUGGCGGUUUACGGAGUGACGGAUCCGACAGUGGUUUGGGUUCCGAGCCAUCGCACAACGGUUCUGCCUUGCUGGACAAAAGUUUAUCCGCCACCGCAACCACAAAACUACCGGAUCCGCCUGCCAAGGGCAAUCUCAAACGUCGUUCCUCCGAACAAAUCGACACGUGCAGCGAAAUUGGCACGAAACGCAGCAAGAAAGGCAUCCAGUUCGAAGGUGUCACGGUAUAUUCGUUUCCGCGCCAACAGGGAUUCAGUUGUGUGCCUUCGCAGGGCGGCUGUACGCUUGGCAUGGCAAAUCAGCAUUGUGGCGUCAAGUAUUACACGUUGACGGAGCAUUCGGCGGAGCAGCGACGAAACCAUCGACAACAGUUGGCGGAGAUGAAUCCACGUAGUUCGAGUAGUGACGAUUCCGAUAGCGAAUACGAGCCAACAGAUAGCAGUAGUGAAGCGGAUAGUGAAGUUUAUGGAUUUUUGCAGCCAGUUUCGGCGCGACAACGACGAGCCUUGCUCAAAUCGGCGGGCGUGCGAAAGAUCGAUACCACAGAAAAAGACGAUUGCAAGAUGAUCCGGACGUCGCGCGAAGUUUGCGGGUGUACGUGUCGCGUUUAUUGUGAUCCCGAUACAUGUGCCUGUAGUCUCGCGGGAAUCAAGUGCCAAGUGGAUCGUCCGAAUUUUCCGUGUGGAUGUACAAGAGAGGGUUGUGGUAAUGUCGUGGGUCGCGUGGAAUUCAGUCCGAUGCGUGUGCGAACGCAUUACAUUCACACCGUGAUGCGAUUGCAAAUGGAGAACAAGUCGGAACGACUGCGAAGUUCUACAAAUGCCGCGUCGACAGCUUCUAGCAAUAAUUACAAGGCAUGGCAGCAGCAACAACAACAGCAACAAUCAAAUGUUCGACAACUUCCUUCAAGUAGCUCCAAUAGCAGUGGAAACGCUUGUAGUGUUGAUGGACGAGCGAUAGACGAAACGCAACAACAGCAGCAGCAACACUGUGAUUUUAGCCUAAUUUACGAUAAUCAUAGUAGUAUUAAUACGGAAAUCGUUCCCUCGUCAAACGCCGCAUCACCCGCAUAUUCAUCAUACCAAAGUGACACGACCUCGUCUUAUGUCAACCAUAUCAUUGAGUAUGUGCCCAAACCCUCAACGUCGUACGCCACCAAUGCCAAUUACGAUCCCAAUAACGCUUACAUGACUUCCUAUGUCGAGCCGCAAUCGCAACAGCAGCAGCCGCAGCAACAACAGUACCUAGAAGUCGUUUCUUACGACACCAUGCAAACGCCCACGUAUCAAUUACAUUCCUACGACCAUCACUCGUACGCAAUGCCGCCACAACAGAUGAAUUACGCAACUUACCAUCAUCAUCCGUAUCCCACGAGCACGGCGGCAUCAUCUUACAUCGCAUAUCCCAAUUCGACGAGUAACGGAUACCUUCAGAGCCAUAUCCAACUGUGUGACCAACCCAUGACGACGACUUACAACCCGAACCAAACACAAAUUGUGUCGAACACGAUUAUUAAUGCCACGCCAUCGACGUCGCAACAACUCUACGAAACGUCCCCGGCAGUCGUUGUGCAACCAAAUACCAAUGUCCUUCCCGUUAUCAAUGGGAAACAACAAUUUGAGCCUACAAAUCCAAAUCCGCAGCAGCAACAACAACAAAUGGUCGUCACCGCGAACGGCAACACGAACGAGAAUUUGUGCGAAAUCAUCAAAAAGGGGAUUGUUGAGACAGUCUCCGGAUGAGAGACCAACUUUGACUCAUUUUAAAUUAUUUUUAAGAUAAAUUUGUAUGUUUUAUACAAAAAUUUGUUACUUUUUUGAAAGACUCUCAAAUUUUAAUGGAUGCUAAAGUCCUGCCCAACAAUAUUUUGUUCUUUUUUUUUUGUAAAAUUAUUUAGUCUGAUAGGUUUAUGAAUGUUGUUGCCAGAAAAACACAGUUGAAA